UGGCCGGUCUGUCCCGCACUGUGGCCCCGCUGUCCCGUGUUGUGGCCGGGCUGUCCCCGUGUUGUGGCCGCGCUGUCCCCGUGUUGUGGCCGGUCUGUCCCCGUGUUGUGGCCCCGCUGUCCCGCUCCGCGGCCACUCGAGGGUGCCGGGGGGGCGGUCCCGGUCCCUCCCGGCGGGGGCGGCCGCUGUGGCCCGAGGCCGGACGGGUACAGGAACGGGCGCACCGGUACCGGCACCGAGCCCGGCCCGCGGAACCGGGACCAUGGCGGGGCUGGAGCGGUGCCAGCGCGAGGCCGAGGAGGUGGCGGAGCUGAUGCGACAGAACGUGGCCAAGGCGCUGGAGCGGGAGGGACACCUGGAGCAGCUGCAGAGCCGGGCCCAGGACCUGCGACAGGCGAGCGAGGCCUUCACCCGCACCACGCGCACGGUGACGCGGCGCCAGCGCAGGAGACACCGCCGGUGGCACCUGGUGGCCCUCGGCCUCGGCCUCCUCCUCCUCUUCAUCCUGGCGCUGGCCCUGGCGCUGGCCCUGGCGCGGGCAUCGCCCGGGGCUGGCACCAGCACUGUCCCCACCCCGCAGGGCGGCACCCAGCACCCCCCCAGCACCGCGGGCACCCUCUGAGCACAGAGGGACCGCAGGGGACAAUGAACAAAUGGCAGAGAAACACCCGGGCUCUGGGGACACCUGCAGUGACAACACUGUCACCCUGCAAGGACACUAACAAACCAGCGGGACAUCCUCCAGGGCACCCCACAGCCAACGAACUGCAAAAUCUGCUCUGAAGAGACCCCACACGGAAAACCCAGCCAGCCCCAGGCGAGGGAAACAGCACAGCGAGCACAGGAGCUCUGUGGGGACACCUGAGAUCCCAAACCUGCAGCGUGGACCUCGGGGAGACCCUGCAACAAAUAAACACCGGGGUCUGCUUUGGGAUGGCCCUGCAACAAAUAAACACCGGGGUCUGCUUUGGGAUGGCGCUGCAAUGAAUAAACACCAGGAUCUGGUUUGGGAUGGCCCUGCAAUGAAUAAACACCAGCAUCUGCUUUGGGACCAUCCUACAAUGAAUAAACUCCAGGAUCUGCUUUGGGAUGGCCCUUCAAUAAAUAAAAACCAGGGUCUGGUUUGAGAUCACCCUGCAAUAAAUAAACACCAGGAUCUGCUUUGGGAUGGCCCUGCAAUAAAUAAAUACCAGGAUCCUUUUGGGAUGACCCUACAAAAGUCAAGAAUCCAGAAUGUGAUACAGAGAUACCCCACAAUAACAAACCAGGAGGAUGGAAUCUUGAGGAAACCCUACAAUAAACAAACACCAGGA